CGCUGCUGCCGCCAUCUAACGGUCCGGCAGUCGUGUGCCUGACGCCGCCGGUGCUGCCGCCGCUUCAGCCCAGAGUUCGAGAAUGAUACCACACAGCGCAGUUCUGCUGUUCGCUGUGAUGGUGACAGCAGAAUACAUCCCUCCUGGACCUCGUUACAGGUGUCCUGAAAAUGGUGUAAUGCUGUAUCCUUGCAAAUGCUCUAAGGAAAGUGAUCAAGGCCUGAGUAUACAUUGUGAGAACACAAAUUUAGCAGCAAUGGCUGUAGGUUUGGCCAACGUCGCUGCCCUCCGAUCUCCUAUUGAGGAACUGGUGUUGUACGAGUGUAAUAUUGGUCGGCUUUAUGGACCAAUGCUGUAUCCUCUUCGUGUCCGUAUUUUGAAAAUCAUUGAUACACCAUUAAAAACCAUUGACCAAUAUGCAUUUCUCGGAAUAAACAGAACAAUGCAACAGCUUCAUUUAAUCAAUUCCCAGCUGGAGCAUUUUCCAGUUGAAGCGUUUCAGAUUCUUGGUAACAUUUCCGUACUAGAAAUUGAUAACCACAAUAUGAAAAAGUUACCACAGAAUGCAUUUUCUGCAGGCUUGCUUCCAAAUCAUUUGGAAAAACUGCAUAUUACAAAUGGACUUAUCACUGAUAUUCCUGCAGAUGUUUUUGUAGCACUGAGGAAACUUAAGAAACUUGAUUUGCAUGGUAACAGAAUAACACAGCUGCGCAAAAAUCAGUUUAAAGGACUUAGAGACACAGAAGUGCUUGAUUUGUCACACAAUAACAUAACAAAGAUAGAUGCAUCACAAAUUGCUGAUCUUCCAAAGAUGGGCUGGUGCAACCUGUCUCAUAAUGCACUUACUGAGUUGACAAGGGGAGCAUUUGCUCGUAAUGCUGUCCUCAAGGUUCUAAACCUGAAUCACAAUAAGAUAAAGAAACUUGAUGCAAAUACCUUCCGUGGCAUGAGGUUUAUACGUCAUCUUUUCAUGAGUGAUAACAACAUCACAGAUGUUGGAAGAGGGACAUUUGGUUCUGUACCAAAAAUAGGCAUCAUUAAUCUUGCAAGAAAUUAUAUUAAAAAGAUUGAUUACCAGAUGUUUCAACAGCUUCAGUACGUUGAGGUCAUAGAUGUUUCAGAAAAUAAAGUAAAAGUAAUCGAGAAACUUGCAUUCAAAGAUCUUUAUCUAGUGAAGAUUAAUAUUUCGCACAAUGAAAUUGAAAAAAUUGAGGGUGGAGCAUUUGAGCAAUGUUCAAACAUAAGCCUCCUUGACUUAUCACACAAUAAGAUACAGUACAUCCCCUCAAAAGCUUUUGAUAGUGCUUCAUAUGCUAUUGACUUUAAUCUUGCUUACAACCAACUCACAAAUCUUUCUCAGGUCCCUCUUCAAAAUAUGACUGGGUUGAAGAUACUAAAUGUUUCUUAUAAUAUGUUGGAAAGUAUACCAAGAAACUCAUUUCCUAAACUCUAUGAGCUUCACACUGUUGAUUUAAGCCACAAUCAAAUCACAGAAAUCUGGAACUCGGUUUUUCAAACACUAUUCAGUCUCAGAUACUUGAAUCUCAGUCACAACUCUUUAGAGGUCAUUAAAGGUUCCACAUUUGGUGCUUUACACACACUACUUGAACUUGAUGUUAGCAAUAAUAACAUAUCUGAUGUUAAUCGUGCUUCCCUGGCAAGACUAGCAUCAACAAGAACUCUCAGGCUCAACAACAAUAAAAUCCAAAAAAUAUUUCAGUUGCCCAUCUCACUAGCUCAUCUUGACCUUAGCAACAAUUCGAUUGAAUCAAUUACACCCCUUACAACAUGGCCAACAAUGAAUUCCUUACUGUCUCUUGACCUCAGUCAUAAUAAAAUUGGAGAUUCUCUCGAAACAGGAGCAUUCACCAACCUACUGACAUUGCAGAAACUUGAUUUGAGCUUCAAUAAUGUAUCAAAACCUCCAUUUGAAGCUCUGUCUGGUCUGACAACUCUUCAGUAUCUGAAUCUGAAGAACAAUGAAAUAAAGUCCCUUGGCAGAGGUGCAUUUGGAAGGCUACCAGUAGUGUUUGAUUUGAAUUUGGCCCACAAUAAAUUAAAUAACAUUUCUAAAAAUGCAUUUGAGGGGCUUCUUCAAUUGCUGACUCUAAAUUUAACUGCAAACAAUUUAACUCACAUUCCAAAUGGAGCUUUCUUAGGUCUGGUUUCAUUACGCACAUUAGACCUUUCACACAACUACCUGGAGAAGUUAGAUAACAAGACACAUGGUUUAUUGGAUGACUGCCUCUCACUAGAAAGAGUGAAUUUGAGUAACAACAAGAUAUCCUCCAUAACAAGAAAAACAUUUCCUAGCAAUCCAUGGAUACCUUAUCGUUUGCAAGAAAUUGACCUUAGCUAUAACACAAUGCCAGUACUGUCAUAUGAUAUAACAUUUGGGACUAAGAAGCUACAGUUGCUUAAUGUGAGCCACAAUCUUAUAAAUGAGAUAAGGACAAAUGCACUUGGAAACUUGACAGCACUUAAAGUGCUUGAUUUGUCACAUAAUGAACUAACAGAUUUGCCAGGAAAUGUGUUUGGGCCACCACCAAAUCUGACUACAUUGUAUCUGUCAUACAACAAAUUAAAGAACUUGCCUCUAAAGCAAAUAUCUUCUUUAAAAUCACAGUUAUUACAUAUAGAUGCAAGGAAUAAUGAAAUAAGAGAAUUUCCAUAUGAGAUCAUGCCAUUAAUUAAGAAUGGAACUGAUUUGCUAUUUUCAGGAAAUCCUUUAUCAUGUAACUGCCAUGUGCGUCCAUUGAAGCACUGGAUGUCAUCACAGCUUAAUGUCAAACAGCACUGGGAAGAUAUUCGCUGUGCUCAACCAGAAUAUCUGUUCAACCAAUCUCUUAGUAGUGUCAGUGAGGACAAGAUGACCUGUGACUCUGAGCGAGAAUAUAAAAAUGAUCCUGCCUUUGAUGUCAAUCCUGAUAUAAAAUUCAGAAAUGUUAAAAAGAAUGAAAAGGGUGACCUUAGCCUGGCAUGGUAUGUGUCAAGUACUGAAGACAUUGGUGACUUUCACUUGCUAAUGAGAGAUCUGCCUAAUAUGCAAUCAAAUGAAAGCACUAAUCAACACCUACUUGUACAGAAUUUGUUUGAGAAAGACUUAUCCUACAUAACACGUAGCUAUGUUGUGAAAGAUUUACCCAAACGACAUGGUGACCUACAAAUGUGCUUGUUAGCAAGAGACAGUGAAGGGAACAUUCGUAAAUGGAGGAUGAGUCAGUGUGAGCGUGUUCCUAUGGACGGUUCUAUUAGUGCCUUAUCAGCAGCACUUCCAUUACCAAGUACUAUGACAUUAUUAUUUUUUGCAGUAUAUGCCAUAUUCAGGUUCUGAUAAUAUCUUAGUUAUCUUUCACAUAGUCAUAUUAUACAAAGACAUUUUUUUCUGGCAACGUUUGGUCAUACUCUUGAUUAAUAAAAUUCAUUUAAAUCUUUGCCUUCAGUACUAUCCCAUUGAUUUUAUGAACUUUAAAAGGCUUUCUAGCAUCAGCUUAAGAUACAAGUUAAUUCUUAGCUUUAAAUUAAAUUGACCUUAUUUACUUAACAGAUAAUUAGAAGCAUAACAAAACAUGCCGCUGUGUCAAAAUGUUUGCAUUGGCUGUUAGCUGAUGACAGAAAUAAAUGAAGCUAUGGCUGAUAGCUGAUAAUAGAAAUAAAUGAAGCUACUGUUCUUAAUCUGAGACUAAAGAUGAAAGUAGGCUAUCUCUUCUGAUGAAAUGCCUCAACUAAUCUCCAAAGAAAGAAUUACUGAAAGUUUUUAAUCUGAAUAUGUUAUAAACAGAAGGAAGUUCUUAAAAGUAUUACACACUAAUAUGUGCAUCUGUUAUUGUGACUAGCUGGUAGGUAAAAGUGAUGAAAUACUUAUUAUUUCUCUAAUCUACCUGGUGCAAGCAAAAGUAAAUCACCAGGUGAAAAUAUUUAUCAGUUAAUGAACUUCAUUUUUGUAAUAAACUCGGUAGCAGCAAAAUUCUCUGUUGAUUGACUUAUCAGUUACAGAACAUAAUAUUAUGCCAUACAUGAAAAUAUUUAAACUGCCAGUGUUGGUAAGUAGAGAAGACUUUCAUAAGAAUAUUUUAAAGAGGAAUGAAUAUGAUAGUUCAGUCGUUUAUUGUUGCUGUUGAUCAAUGACAACUGUUAUUUUAGAAACUAAAAUCACAUAUGGAUUUGAUGAAUUUGUAACAUAUCUUUUAUGUAGAUUGGUACAAAAAGGAGACAUAUAAACUUAAGUGCUCCAUAGCCUGUCAGCUGUAUGCUUUCCUAUUUUUCAAAUCCUUCACAUGUACACAGUAAAAUCUAGAGUUAUCAGGCCCGUACACCCAUCCAAGAGUUAGAUCACUUAUUACAGCAAAUACAGAAAUAAAAUAAAUGCAUAAAAAGAUAUCCUUGCAUUUAUAAUUGUUAUUUUCUUCUUCAUAGUGAAAAUAGAGGAAGAUGUGAGAAGUAGUAAAGGACAGCCAGGUUACUUAGAACCUAGUUUGAUGGAGUGCUCAUUUUCUCCUACAUACUCCACACACCUCAAAAGUCCUUCUCAAUCCAGGCUCUGAAUGAAAUACCUCAAAUUUUCUAUAUCUAUCACAUUAUUUUUCAGAUAGAAGAAGUAAGCUACAUUAAAAAGGAACUAGCACUUUGUUACUAGAGAGAGGUAGAGAAAAUAUAUAUAUGGGUAUUUCUAUUAUUUGUAUUUGAACUGGCAUUUCAUGACAGUCAGUACUAACCAACCCAUCUUACUAUACCAGUAUGUAUUUGUUUUUCCUUAACUGAAACUCCUCAAAUUAUACAUGACAGCCUUUGUUACAACUAAAAACACCUGUAAUGAUAAGCAUAACAAGGAGCUGAAGUUGGAGCUGGUUUUUUUCUGUUACUGUAUCAAAGUAGAGCAGAUAAUUACCAAUGGAAGUUACAAAGAAAUUAGAUGAUAUAAAAGUGGAGUAGACACAUCAUCUAGAGCUCAGAGAUGAUAGCGCUUUUUCACAUUCAAGGUACCCCCCCCCCCCCCCCUGCUGUUUGUUCAGUUGUAGCAAGUUCUAAAUAUUGAAAAUAGCAAUGGAUAUUACAUAUUUAAUAAGUCAUCUUGUUGUCUUGCACAUUAAUAUAAUUACAUUUCCCUUCUCAUAAGAUAACAUUAAAACAAUAUUGUCACAUGGUCUUUUGCAAGUCAUUUCAUUAUGUGAUGGAUCAUAAACUAUUUGGGGAUGUAGAAGAGAGAAUAAACAUAUUUUUGUGAAACACUGUCUAUCAUAGAUGUAAUAUGAAAAAACAUCUGUUACUGUCACAUGCAAAGGUCAUAAAUUGUACAACAAUGAACAACUCUGGUUUAUUUGUUGUAACCACUGCCCAUCUUUUGCAGGAGAUUUUAUUUGCUUCACAUAAUUAUACAUGUGUAAUUGAAACUGCUGAGUGUGACAUGUACCAUGCAGUUUCAUUCUGAUUUAGAGGGUAAUUGAUAUAAUAAAGUCUUUAGAUGUGCUAUAAGCAGGUUGUAAGAUACUAGUUGGUUAUAAUGAAAGUGCAGCUACUCACAGAGGUUGAGUUCACACUGCAGUUGUAUGGCAGGCAGUGAAACUCAGUAGAUAUGCUAAUGCAUUAUUGCAGAACCAAUUUACACUGGAAAAAAAGUUCCAAUUUUGGCCACCAGGUGCAAAUCUGACCCUGUACAGCAUCUCGUCAAUGCCAUCGGUGCUCAUACUGCUGAACAAAUUGUUUACAGGCCCUUAAUAGUAAAAUUGACAUUAUGCUUUUCUCACUUGUUUGACCUUUCCAGACCUAGACCCAUUUCUAAUCCAUUACAUGUGGAAAAAUUUCUAUACGUCACUCUCACAUUCAUAGUACCAGAUUUGCAACUGGUGGCCAAACCUGGAACUAAUUUCUUCCAGCAUAAAUCAGCUCUGCAUUAAUGCAUUAGAAUAUGCACUAAGUUUCACUGCCAUCUGAUAAUUACAGCCCACAUUGGACUUCUGUGAGUAGCUACACUUUAAUUCAAACCUCCUAAUACUUUCUACAUGCUGGAAGAAAUGUAUAGGCCUACUAGUGCACCUAAUUCAGUGCCAGAAAUGUUGUUAAUAUGUGUUAAUCUCAAUAUAAGAACAAGGAAGUAUUAUUCAGUACCAAUUUGUGGGGAAAAUUAAAAUGAUUUACAACAAAUAUUUUGAAAUGCCAGUGAACGUUUUAUAGGAGGACUGUCUCAGUAAAUAAAAAAAAAUGUAUGGUUGUCAUUUGCAAUAUACUCAAAGGCAAAGCUCAAGCUGUUAUAAAAAUACUUAAGGAUCUGAUCAUAUUCUUACUAUUUUAAGUGAAGCUAUUAUUACCUAUCAUUUAACUCAUACUAGUCUUCGGAAAGGUCACAGUUUGUUUAGAGAGAGUACUUUACUGUUUGUAUAUAAUGCAUAUAGUUUGUAAAGAAAUUGUAAUUGACUGAUAAAAGUGUAUGCUGUAUUUAUAAAGUUUUACAGAAUGUAGAAUAUUCGAAUAUGUACAUGACUGUAUCAAUAAUUUAUUGUUAAUUUGUACAUAUAUCUGUUACUGUGUACAUAACAAGUAUUUAAACUGUGAAUGGAAAAUAAGUGAAUAAAGAAGUUUGUUUCCUGGAA